UCGCGUGGAGGGGGAGGGGCUGACGGCUCUCCAUUCAGUGUCGCCCUGCACACACUGUGGUGGGCUCACAAGUCGCUGACACAAAGGACGUGACACCCGGGAGGAGGAGGACAUGCACACAUGAGGGCGAGUGCACAGCAGCCCGAGUGUGCCGAGGAGGGGAGCAGCUGACAGAGCAUCAUGCCCCCUGUGCCUUUAGAAGAUCGUUCAGCCCCCCUGCCUCGUCCCCGCUCCCUUCCAUUACGUUCUACUCCACAAUCAAGAAUGGCCCCUGAGGUCCGUGGUUUUCAGCUGGGACAUAGGGCACCAUCCCAUGCUGACCUCACUCUGCCUGGACUGCUUCCCCAACUCCAACCUCCCCGCUGGCCACGGGAACCUCGUCGAAGGAGUUCUCCUCCAUCAUCCUCCCCACGAUCCCCUUCAUGUUUCCGUUGGGCUCUUCACCCUCUAAAAUGUGGCUGCCGAGGCUGUUGGCGACUGCUUCGCCCUCCAAGGAAGUCAGUGGGUUCAUCUUGCAGCUGUGAUCCUAUUGUGACGUUUGACCCACAAUUUAUUGGUAGUUCAAGGGUAAGCUAUGAUGACGAUGACUAUAGUGUACGGGCCAUUUGGCCAGAUGAGCUGGCACGGAAAAUUAUGUCUCGGACACAUGGGGGAAUGCUUGGAGGGACACCACUGUUACUGGACUGUAGAGGUUUAGAGGGAUUGGAGGUAGAUGAUCCAGUGCCUCCAUGCUCUCCUCCUCCCCCCACUCCACCACCAAAGUCUCCAGUUAGGACAAAUAGAAGACUUCAAAGUUUAUACCUUCUUCUGGAGCCCUUGAGUGAAAAUUCUGCAGGAGGAAGAGUUAUGGCUGACCCCCCUUCGGAUGACUGUGUUAUACCACCAGAAGUGACUCCAGCUCCACCAUUGUCUCCUGACGUUGAAAAAGCUGAAUUGAGCCUAAUUUUGCCUUUCCUCUAUUUGGGCAAUGAAAAGGAUGCCCAAGACUUGGGUCGCAUGGUAACUCUAAAUAUAGGACAUGUCCUGAACGUCACCACCCACCUGCCUCUCUACCACGCUGAAUCCGGAGCCUUGCGUUACAAGAGAUUGCCGGCCACUGAUAAUAGUAAGCAGGACCUCCGUCAGUACUUUGAGGAGGCCUUUGAAUUCAUUGAAGAGGCACAACAGGAAGGCAAAGGCAUCCUGAUUCACUGCCAGGCCGGAGUCUCUCGUUCUGCCACUGUGGUCAUUGCAUAUCUGAUGAAGCACACACUGAUGACUGUGGGAGAUGCCUACAAGUUUGUGAAGGGGAAGCGUCCAAUAAUAUCACCCAAUCUGAAUUUCAUGGGGCAACUCCUGGAGUUUGAAUCAGAUCUAAACGCAGGCAUCACCCCAAGAAUCCUUGUACCCAGACUGAGGGGUGUUGAGAGUGAUGUGUGAGACAAGGCGUAAGACAAAAAAAAAAAAGAAAAUGGAAGAAGCCAAUUUUGAUGUUGCACAGUAAGCAAGACAAAUAGCAAAACCUUCCAAACUAUCUCAUCAUUGAAAUGCAGUGUCAGGAUCCACCAGCAAAUAGCGAAUGCAGCUUCAGACCCCAGCAGACCAGCUGUUCACUUGCAAUGAAAUCUGCAACUGCAGUCCCAAAUCCCCACGGACUUUUGAUCUCUCCUAGUCUAAAUUCUGCAGCCUCCGUAUUAUUUAAUGAAACUGUAACUGAGGCUAUUGAUGUAUUUUACAUUUUAAGGGGGUGGUCCCAAUAUUUAAACUUAUACUCAGGAUAGGUGAUAAGUGUCUAAUCAAUGAGGAUCCGACCAUUGGAAAGAUCACCCAUCACAAUAACCGGGGUUCUGUGGUCCCCCAUAUGAAUAAAGUGGUGAACAAGCAUGCGUGCUACCACUUCAUUUAUUUUCUGUGGGACUGUUGGAGAUACCUGAGGAUUGUACUUGUCUUCCGUUGCAGCGGCAGAGCGCAUAUUUGACUGCCGCUCCCUUCACUCAGGAGCCGCUGGCCCAAUUCUUGUGACUGGUGGGGUCCUAGCAGUUGGACCUCCACUGAUCAGACACGUAUCGCCAGUCC